AAGCGAUUGCCAGCCAAAACAAUGCACUGACCUGAGUACCUGUCCAUGCUUCGCUGGUCGCCUGCCUUCGUUCACGAAUGCGCAUGCAUCUUCGCAAUGCUGCCAUAAAGAGCAGCCUACAUAGCAAGUAAGCGCAUGGGAGAUUCUCUACACAGAUAUAAUGCGCGGUGCUGGUUUCACCGUAAAAUAUUUGCCAAAAUGUAGCGGAAAAGACAAUUGCUAGUCUGCUCGUACAUAUAACCAUGAUAUGAUUCGUCUGAGGGGGAGACGAGGUGAUCUUCAGAAAGAAAACUUGGAAAAAUUUGCUUAAACACAUUGCGCGGCUAAAAGAUGACCAAAGUGAAACAAGGCAGAUUCUAUGAAAUGAAAUCAAUUGGAUGGGAUUGCAAUAUCGAGUUUGAGAAACUGCAUCUCAAGAAAAUGUUAUCAGCAUAUUGUGCCACGAAACAUGAAGACAAAAAUGAGCAUGGAGCACAUACGAAGUCGCAGCCAAUAUUGCCGGAACUACCACAAGUUGUUGUUGACCAGAAAACAGGAAAGCGAUACUUCAGAGGAAGGAUACUCGGGAAGGGUGGAUUCGCGAGGUGUUAUGAAGUAACCGACAUGCAAACAGACAGAAAAUAUGCAUGUAAAUCUAUUUCUAAGCUAAGGAUUGCAAAGCCACACCAAAAGGAUAAGAUUGCUAAUGAAGUCGACCUUCACAAAAGUAUAAAGCAUCGGUUUGUCGUCGGCUUCCAAGGAUAUUUUGAAGAUGAAGAAAACGUUUACAUUUUACUAGAGCUGUGUAGUAGAAAGUCAUUGGUUCAACUGUUGAAGCAACGGAGAACAUUGACAGAGCCUGAAGUUCGCUAUUUCAUCCACCAGACUAUUCAAGGGGUUGCUAAUGUUCACGACAGGAAUAUUAUACACAGAGACAUUAAAUUAGGAAAUUUAUUUGUAAAUGACGAUAUGGAGAUUAGAAUUGGAGAUUUCGGCCUUGCAGUGAAAGUUGUCGACAAAAAUAAAAAAGAAAUGUCUGUAUGUGGAACACCAAACUACAUUGCACCAGAAGUUUUAGGAAAGUCUGGGCACAGUUUUGAAGUUGAUACAUGGGCUCUUGGAUGCGUUAUGUAUACCUUGUUAGUUGGUAGACCUCCUUUUGAAACAAGCUGCUUGAAGGAUACUUACAUGAGAAUUAAAAAUAACGAAUACGCCAUUCCAUCAAGAGUCUCGAGAUCAGCUGCUAAUUUGAUACAAAAACUUUUGAGCGAGAGACCCGAGGAUAGGCCAACUCUCAGCUCUCUUUUUAAUAACAGCUUCUUUACAAAAGGAUUUUUACCACGAUCCUUACCAUCAAUUUGUUGCAUGACACCUCCAAAGUUCAGCUCAAGUGCGCAUUCACGAUAUUCGAAAAGCAAGAAGAACUAUCAGACAAAUGACACACGUGAUUCAGCCUUGUCAAAGUCACCUUGCUGUAGUGAUGACGGAAUGAGGCACCUUAAGAGUGCACUUUCCAAUUUGAAUUUACAGGGAAGUAAUAAAAUUGCUGAUGAACAGAAAAGGCGAGAGCACGUUGAAAGUGGCGUCGAAAGUCAAGAUUCGAACGGACACGAGAUUUCAAACAGCUUAGAUGAGAGCUCACUUGACAUGUGCAAUCCACGCCCGCUUUUUAUUCGACUGAAUGCUUGCUUGGAUUCAAUGCCAGAUCCGAAUCUAUCUGCAAGAUCAGAUCCAAUAAGCACUGGCACUUCAGAUUCUGAAGAAGAGCCAUAUGAAGAACGCCCGGAUGUCUUUACGGAUUCAAUGAAGAGAUUGUGGAUUACCAAGUGGGUCGAUUAUAGCAACAAGUAUGGAUUCGGGGCACAGUUAUCCAAUGGUUCCCUGGUCAUUAGAUUCAAUGAUGCUACAACACUGGCAAUGACAUCGGAUAAAAAGCGAUUACAAUAUUUCGAUGAAGACCGAAACCUUUUUAGAUUCAGUGUUAACAACAUCCCAGAUGAUUUACUCAGAAAAGUUACAUUAUUGAAUUAUUUUGGGAACUACAUGGACAAGCACUUACUCAAGGGAGGUGACUUGAACAGUCCACGCCGUGACGAUUACGCAGAGCUGCCUAUCAUUGACACGUGGUUCCGAACUGAGAAAGCCAUGGUCAUGUACUUAUCGAAUGGUACCCUUCAAGUAAAUUUUCUGUCAGAUCAUACAAAAAUUAUCCUCACUCCUGGGUCACUGCACAAAGACAUUAUCACGUUCAUUAAUCAGAACAGAGAGAGUAGCACACACACGUUUAAAGGAAUAUCCAGAAAAGGCUGCAGUGAGGAUGUAGCUGAAAGACUAUAUUAUUGUCGCAUGGUCUUGCAAAAACUGACUGAAGUUUACCAAGAAAAUGAUCGCCAAUCAGUAUAAUGUCCAUGUAGAUCUUGUCCAUUCUUCUAACGCGUAAAUGCGACAGUCACUCAUGAUGUUGCGAAACGCUGGAAUACGGCGCAAGUUCGACAUCGAAGCAGGAGGUUUAGUUGACCCCGCCUCGAGCAGAUUAGUGCAAUGUUGAAAUUCUCCCUAACAUUUUUCCAUGGGUCAACAGUACCGUAAAUUUCUAAAUUGCCCAAAUAAGACCAUGAGAUGCCUUUUGAUAGUACAAAGAUUGUAUUCAGACCUCAACUGUUAAAAAGUUUGAAAAGUUAAUCAACCAUCGAUCACUAACUCACCCCAAUACCCAGUACACGUCACCUCCACUUAUUAAUCCCCCUUCGACCACUCAUAGAGGAAUGCAAAGAUUUUACAUAGAGUUGGGCAUCAACAAACAUAAGGUUGAUUUCUAUGGUCGAACAAAUCACUGAUGACCCUUGUUCCAAACAAAUCAAUAAAUUUAUUAUAUCGAAUAAUUCACAACUACGCAAAAAGGCUAACGUGAUAGAUAUAAAUGAAUAUAUAUUUAUUAAUUGUAAAUACCUGGUAAGAGAUAGAAAUAUUGUAAAUUUUGUAUAAUUUAGAAAUUUUUAACUGUAUCAAUAAUGAAUUCUUAUUAAUUAGAUUUGAUGCAAUUGAUAAAAAAGAUUUAACAAAAUGGCUUGAGUGUCUUUGCAACAAAUUUUGGAAGCAUUUCAUCCAAGAGAUUUUUUUAAUCAAAUUUUCCUGCACUAAAGCGUUUUAGGUCUAACCUCUAAUAUCUCUAUAGCAACUCUGGAGAAUACCGAUUGAUAAACAUCGGCCAUUUCAUAACAUUUAGUAAAAUAAAUUGCCAGUCAUCGAAGUGAAACAGCGUUGAAAAAUCUGGUCAAUUCAUAGUUUUUUAAUUAAUUUUUUUAAAAAAAGCAUGCCCAUAGCUUUAGGAAAAUUAUUCUGAAUUUUUCGAAAGCAAUUUAUCUUAAAAAACAGCGACUGAGACACUACAUGUUUU